GUUGCAUGGUCGGCGCUGGUGUUUUUGCCAUGGUGUUGUUGGAGCCAUGGCUUCUUGCGUUGGCAACCCGCCACGCGAAAACAGCGCAAUGAUCAAUGAUCAUUCCACCCGCCGCAGGGCAGGGUGCAAGAUUGCCAGCCCCGCAGGCCACUUUUAGUGGCAGUGUUCCAGAGCCAGAUUCUGAAGUCGCGCCCCCUGAAGACGAUGUUCCACUGGCACCUUGGGCUGCGGCGCGCGUCUUGCCUACAUCGCAUGCCCGGCGAACAAGGCGUGUUUCCACACCAGCUGGACGUUUUGUGGGUGACGAGCAGAAGCAGUUGGCUCGAUGGGCAGAACAUCUCAAUGAGGAAGUGCUGGCUUUGACUCGGGAAAGAGACAGUUUGGCGGGAAAGUUGGCUGAUGCCAAUGCUGCAAAUGUAAAACUGCAGAUGGAGUUGGAGCAUCUUCGCAGGGUAAGUGCUGAGUUUGAGCGUCUUGGGGGCGGUGAUGUUGGCGUUCUAAAUGCAAUCGUCGAAACCCGCGAUCUUGAAAAGCAGCUUCAAGCCUCUACCGCUGAAGUUCAAGAGCUUCGGACUGAGCGGAAAGGCAUUGACGCAGCGCACGCAUUUUCACAACAGAUGGUGCAGCAGUUGCACAAAGAAAUGGAAGAGCUGCGGGGAAGGCACAAGAACUUGCAAGAUCAAUAUGAGAAUUGCAAGGCUGAAUGCAGUCGUCUCAACGAUUUGCAUGGAAGCGAGCGAGAGCACCGACGCAGACUUGAGUCCCACCUUCAAAACCAGAGCAGUGACAAGGAGGCAGCAGCAUCUGCCCGGCAGGAGUUUUUCCAAAAAGAGCAUCGAAAGGCUUGGGACGAUCUGCAGCGUGCACAUUGGGUAGAGAAGGAGAAGGAUGCCAGAUUCCAAUCAAUUACUCAGCUGGCGCAAGACGCGAUAGCCUUGGUGUCUGAAUUGCAGGAUGGCUUUGUGGAGCAAACCAAGAAGUACAAUGAGCUUUCAAAGAGCGUCCGCAACCAACAGAGAGAAUUGACGUCGGACGUGCAAGAGGCGCAGCAGUUAGCUCAACUUUCAGAACAGUUUGCUCUAGAACUUCGACAACUCUUAGGCCGCACGCGUGAAACAAACUCGGUGGGUGAGGAGCAAUGGCGUCAAGAAGCUCAUAAGCUUGAAGACCAGCUCCGAAACCUUACCCUGCAUCACAGAGAGGCUGCAAAGACCGUUCGCGAGCUGCGCAAGGCGGAUGAUCACCACAAAGUUCAACAAUCUGAGCGCAUGCAAGCAGAGAAGGAGCGUCAAGAGAGGAAGCGAGAACGUCAUGAGCUUUUCAGCAACCCAAACAUCGUCAGACAAAUGGCUCAGGCAGUCGCUGGAAUUGAAGUGUACAAGGUGGAUGAGAAGAAUCGCAGAGAAAAGCGACGGCUCCGAGUUGUUUGUGACAUCAAGUCAGGUCGAGGUGGGCCUCGACCUGAUCUACAGCUACGUUGGUCAAAGGCUCCGUACCGCGAUUGGCCUGACAGAAGUUCCUGCGACCUCACACAGGUUGUCAGCUUGGGAUAUGGCUUUGCAUCCAGAGCUACCUGGCUCUUCAAAGAUGUUCCUCCUUACCACUGCUUCUCCGUGCAGACACCGUACCGGACCUUUGAUUUCAUAUGCAGUUCAGACAGAGACGUCGAGGCUCUUGUGCUGGUCAUCAGCCGGUUGUGUACCAGGAGCCAGGGCUGGCCACUCUACGGUGGGGUUCAUUCACACGCAAGGUUUGUGGCUAUGAAAGGUUGGACAAAGGUUCAGGUCGCAUGCCGAGCAAGCAAGAACACCUUGAGCACACAUCUUCUUGAGGCUGUUGCAAAGAUGCAGUCUUCAUCACGCCCAAGCCACUUGCCACCUCCUCCAAGCGAGACUGAAGUGGAGUCGGAGGAUCCUUCGCAACAGUCGUUGGAAACUGGGUGAGGAAGCAUGGUAGCCAAGGUAGCUGCGACUUUGUGAACUCAAACACGUGUAACCUUCUCACGGAUUGUGGUCGGUAGUGCGUCACCUCGUGGCCUUGCGCAUGAGGUAGCUUGUACAUAAAUUGCCAGUGAGCUGCGGGCAAAACUCGCAGCUUGAACAAGUGUGCUUCGAGAAAGUGUGGGGGAGGCAAGAUGGCCAUGGCAUUCUCGAGGUACACGGCACAGUGUUUAUUUGUUGCACUGAGUUGCACUGAUUCUUGGGCAACCAAUGUACAGUAGUGUAAAUGGG